AUGGGCAAGAUUUGGGGACCCAUUGGUCCAAGCAAUAAAGGAGAAUGGAAGGAUAAGAAAAACCACACGAACAAGCUUCGAGAACUGGCCUUACUGAUCCCUGUGACCAUGAAGACCAGAAACAAGAAGCACACCAAGAAGGAGAUCCUGCUGCGUGUCCUACACUACAUCCAGUAUCUCCAGAGAAGUAUUGAUGUGGCCAAGGCCUUGCUCAAGCUCCACAGCAGCAAUGGCAAAGGGCUGGGUGGGAACCCAUCUGCUGGCCAGACCCGGCGGAGACACUCCACCCCCUCCAGCUCUCAGAAGUCACGCCUUUGGGGCACUUGUUUGAAACCUCGAAAGAAGAAGUUUACCCGAGUGUCAGAGCGCCCAGUCUGGCCCUAUAAGUCUCGCCGCUCCCUAGUUCUGGACCAGUCUGAAAAUCAGAUGACCACAUACCCAGGCCUAAAGGAAGAAAAUGGGGAAGGUACCAUCUGUCCAAGAGACCUCAGCCCUAGCAUCCACCCCACAACUAUACCAUCCCUGUCUGAAGGUGACGGACGAGGGGCCCAGCUGGUGUUCCUGGACAUGGCUCAGAACAUCUCUGCCUAUGACAUCACAAGUGAUCAUGCUGUAGCAGCCCAGGAUGGAGAGCUUGAUGUUGACAUCAAGGCUCAGAGCAAGGUUCAGAGGUCCUUUUUCCUCACCAGGGCACAGCCCUGUCUCAGGCAGAAGCUAUUCUUGUGCCCUUCCAGUGAAGCAGACAAAGAAGCCCCAGACAUUGACCCCUGGCUUCCUGUGUGGACCUCCGAGGACAGCCCAAAUGGAAGCCCACUGGCCUUGAGGUCUUCCCAGAGCAAUACCAGGCAUGUGACGAACUACCUAAGUGAAAUCUUAGGAUUUAGCUCUUCCCUCUUCAGCUCCCCAAGCAAAAUCCUGCCGGAUCAUGUCCUGGAGGAUGGCACCUACUUUCUGACUGAAGGUCUCUUGGAGUCUUCACCUGCUGCCUGUGAACUGGAAGGCCCCUCAGAGAAGGACACACCCUCUGAGGGCCACACAGGCCCCCCUAACUUCCAGUCUGCAAUUUCACUGGACCACUGCUACCUGUCGCUGAGUGAGAACUCGAAAGUGCUGUCCAACUGCAGCUCCAGUUCAGAGUCCACAGACAUAGACUCCCUGUGGGGACAGGAGGAGCAGGCCAACCCAGAGGGCUUGCAGAGUUCCAGUGAUGAGGACAAAGACUACACAUGGACACCUACCAGGAGGUCUUCUGGCCUACUAGUAGCUGGCAAGAAGAUCAAGAAGGUCCAGGCAAGCCAGGGCCCUAUGAGGCCCAAGGACAGUAAAAAAGUCUGCCCUGGCCAGGUGAAGAAAAAGUGUGUUAAUGGCUUCAUCAUGUUCUGCAGGAUGAACCGGAAGCAGUAUAUCCGAGCCUGUCCUGGGACCGCAUCUACAGCUGCCACCAAGGAGCUGGCUCAACUGUGGCGAGGGAUGACUCUGGAGGAAAGGAGACCAUACUGCACUAAGGCACGCAGGUUCAGCCGCCAGCACAACCGCAUUGUGAAGCGGGAGAGCUCCAGCAGUGAGGACGACGAUGGGGAGACCCCUAAGCCCUUCUACCAGCUGCUGGCUGAGAAGGCCCAAGUGUCUUUGGGCCUGACCUCGUGCCCACCCCUUGCUGCCAGUGAGAGGGACAACCCUGGCUGGGCUCUACCAUCUUCUUAGCUUCAGGCCCUCUACAUUUGUUUCCCCUGGGCCUCAGCAUCCAGUGCUGUGGGUCCCCUGCCCAGUCCCCAAUCCCCAGCACCUGAGAGAAAGUGUAUUUACUGACCCAAGGCUCUGUGUACUGGCUUGUGCACAGACCCUCCAGCCUUCCCACCUCUUUCUUACAGGAUGGGUGCCCUAGAUGAAAUGCAAGCUUCCCUCUGCCCCUAGAAUCACAUGCUUUCAGUUCUGUUUGUGCUCGCUGCAUCCUUCCCCGCUCUAUUUAUGGACUAUUUAUUGUCUUAAAAUGAACUGGGACCUUUUACUCUCAGGGGAGAAGGGAUGCUGUGUCCAGGAUCCCUUGGGCAGGGGUGAGCUUUCAACAUUAUCAAAUCCAGAAGCCCUUUGCUUCCGCACCUUGAAAACCCUCUAGAGCCCACAGGUCUGAACCCAACCCCUUUACCUCAGAAAUCCAGUCUUGGGAUGUGAUGACCCAUGUUUGUAAUUCCAGCAUUCAGGAAGCUGAGGCAGGAAGAUGGGAUUUGAGACCAGUCUGGGCUA